AUGCAGAUAGGUUCCGAGAAGGCGUUGUCCCUUGAUCUCUUGUCGGUCGUUGUCGCCUCCCUCUCCGAUGGAUAUGGGCUCGAUUCCACCACCGGGGAUGCGUUCGUGGAGAACCGGCUGCUGAUCGCCGUCCUAAGCAUAGUCAUCGCCGUGCUUGUCGGUUGCGUGGCAAUCUUCUUCGUCCGGCGAUCGAGCGGAAGGAAGCCCGCCGAGCCGCCGAAGCCGCUAGUGGUGAAGACCCAGAUGGAUACAGAGGAGGACCAAGGGAAGAAGAAGGUCACCGUCUUCUUUAGGACGCAAACCAGGACGACAGAGGGGUUCGCGAAGGCGCUGGCUGAGGAGGCAAAAGCACGGUACCCUAAUGCCAUAUUUAAAGUCAUGGAUAUCGACGAAUAUGCUACUGAGGAUGAUGAGUACGAGGAGAACCUGAAAAAGGAGAGCUUGGCUUUGUUCUUCUUGGCUACGUAUGUUGAAAGCCAGGAAUUCUACAAAUGGUUUACAGAGGUGAAAGAGAGAGGAACCUGGCUGGAAAAUCUUCAAUUUGGUGUGUUUAGUUUGGCCAAUCAGCAAUAUGAACAUUUUAAUAAGGAGGAGCUUCUUUGGCCGGAGUUGGAUAAGUUACUUCAGGAUGAAAAUGAGACAGGUGCAUCUACUCCUUAUACAGCUGUCAUUCCUGAAUACCGGGUUGUAUUUGUCAAGCUUGAAGAAGUUCCAUAUCUGGACAAAAGAUUGAAUUUUGCAAAUGGCCAUGCUAUUCAUGACAUACAACAUCCAUGCAGGUAG